AAGGGAAAAGAGAAAAAACAUAUUUGAAAGGAAUUUAUCAUAUUAUCGCUGCUUCUCAUUUAUACCUAAGCAAAAAAAGAAAGGAAAAGAAAGAAAUGUGUGUAAAUUUCAAAAACUAUUUUUCAGGGCUGAUGAUAGUGACUUGCUUAUCACUGGUCCAAGGCGAUUUCAAAUAUAACGUGAGCCUUUCGCAAAUGGAAACGUGUAAACAUUACGCUAUACCAGCAACGCGUGGUUAUGUUUAUACUGAUUUUUUCCAUAUACGCGGCAUGAAUAAUAAUAAACUGGCUGCCAAUGAGUUAUUACAUCUGAAAUUCUACGUAAUGACGGCCAGAGAUGCUCAUAUUUUAUUAUCGGUUACCGAUCAUCCACGUUUAUUGGAUCGGGUCUACGAAAUAGUAAUUGGCGCGGGUCGUAAUAAAUUUUCUACAAUACGUACCAGCAUAGGACGUCGCCGUGUAGCCACCGAUAUGGAAGCAAAUAUUUUAUCAGUAUUUGAUCCUACACCAAUAGAAAUUGUUCAAACGAAAGACGCUGAGUUCUUAGUAUUCAUUCCGGGUUUGAGAGAAACACCUUUAAUGAAUUUCACCGAUGUGGCCCCGUUGUCCAUUAAUUACAUAAGUUUCACUACAUACGAUAAUGAGCCGGCCAGUUGGUUUUACGAUUGUCAAUUCGAUGGCUUUGCCACUGAACUAGAUGAUGAAGUGAAAUGGCUGCUGCCGGAAAAACGUUUACUCUUGAAUAUUGUCGAGAAGGCGGAAAAUGCCACUAUGCCUGUAAAUUUAAAAGAGAUAAAUUUUUCAUUUCAAAUACGUGCCAUUCACUACAAACAUGAUCAAGCUCUGUUGAAAACCCGCUUAAAUAUGAGAGUGAAUUGGAAUGAUCCUCGUCUAGUUUGGAAUCCUGCGGAUUUUAAUGACAUGGAUAGGAUUGCUUGCAAGGAUUUAAAAAUAUGGUUACCUCGAUUUGUCGUGAUUAAUGCUGCUUUGAAUACCAAGCGUCGCUUCAAUCCGCCCUAUCAAUUAUUUAUAGAAAAUAACGGUACAGUUACGUUAUUAAUUAACGAUGCUGUAAUGCAUACUUGGUGCCCGAAUCCGUUGCAAAAUUGGCCCAAUGAGUUACUUAAUUGCGAAUUGGCUUUGGGUGUCUCCACUGAAAAUCUGCAGCGAUUAAAAUUAGUAUACGAUCGGCAAAGUCCUCUAAGCAAAACGCCAAUAAGCGCUUUAACUGAAUGGAGUUUUAAGCAAAUUGCCGUGACAAGUAUAGAAAAUAGCGUCUUGGCCCGGUACACAAAUGCUGGUAUUAUACAAUCUCGUAACGGCGAUAUAUCCGUUAUAUUUGAAAUAACUCGAAAUAGUAGUUUUUAUCAGAAUGUGUUUAUCAUGCCUAUAGUAGCUUGUCAAAUUCUUUUGAUUUUGUCAUUCCUCUUGCGAGGUUAUCGCCGCGGUGGUCUUAUCUUAGUAGUGGUUUUAAUACUAAUGUUAGGUCUAAUGUUUAUAACUAAACAUGCUCCUUCAGCUUACGUUCCUGAUAUACUGCACGCUUAUCAGCAUGUAGUACGUAUCGCGGCCGCUUGCUAUAUCCUUCAUAUCGUUAUCAUGUGGAUGGAAUUGUAUCCUCCCAAAAUUAAACCGAGUGACUGGCUAUUAAAAAUAUUAAAUUAUUCUCCAUUACGUAUAAUGCUUUGCAUGAGAUUAUCAGAUGCCAGAGAAUAUAUUGACGUGCAAACGGAACCGUGGCGUGAAGUUGCCAAAAUGCUGAACUCUUUCAGUUUUUUAAUUACUAACAUUGUCUUCAUAUUGGUGGACGUUAUUUUAUUACCUCAAGCAUAAAGAAAGAUAAAAAUCAAAAGCUCAAUCCUAGUAUUUUUAAAAU